ACAUGUAUUUAUUGUGACUGUUGACGACAUAAAGCAAUAUGCAUUUCAUAUGUACGAGUCUUCUUUGAACGCAGCAGCCUAGUAAGAGGAAGCAGCUCGCCCGUUGUUAGUUUGCCGAAAAAGGGGUCAAAUAAGGCCAGAUAUCCUAUAUCCCACUCAUAUAGUUAGUAUGUUUUAUUAAUUUCAAAUUAAUUAUAAUAAAACGUUUGUUUUGGUCUUACUUAAAGAUCUCGCCUAUAUAUACUUACUUUCAUGUUGUUAAAGUUAUAACUUUAACAACAUGAAAGUAACAAACUGAUCAUAAAAGGUACUUUAUAGGGCAUUUCUUGUCAAUUAGUGAUCUAUCACUUAUGUAUCACUUUUGAUCACAUACAAAAUAUCUGUGAAAAUAAUCCAAAACAACAAAUGUGUGGGUGCCGUUAUAAAAGUAGUUUGUCAUUUCAUUGCAGCAGAUUCGUUAACAUUUAAAAGUUCCUUAAUAAGCCAUUUGAGCAACAAACUCCACACGAAGUACGUGCAUUCUAUAAUGAUUUCACCUAGAAACAUAUCAUUUGGAUGAUCCAGCAAAGCACACCUUUUUUUUUUUAGCUUGACUCCUGCAGCGUCACGAACCUACUGGGCUUCAUUCCUUUCUGAGUCAAACGUCGAUUUGAAGCAAUAGAUGUCUUUUGGCACAGAUAGCUACGACACGUUUGCAUGCAGGGGGGCCCAUUGUUGCUCCUCACUGGCCCCCUCCAGGUGGCUCCCUACUGUAGGAUGGUGCUGAGACAACACUAAAACUUUUAAGACCAAAGUGUGACACACAGCACAACAGCUCAACCAUGAGGGACAGACUGAGCUACAUGCAGGAGUUGUCCAGCAACCAUGAGGAGGAAAAGAAGGAGACCGGAGAUUCUGUCUUUUCAGACACUCUGAGCAACGUGGACCUGGAGGACGAGCUCCCCCACGAGGCGGUGGUGUUUGACAACAGCCCGGCUAUGGCCAAGGUCUUUUCUCAGGCACAGGACAUCCACAAAGAAGUCCAGCUCAUUCGUCUGGAGGUGAAAAGGCUCAGGGAGCAGAACUCUCGUAUCCACCAGGGUGUCAGCACCAUGAGUAUCAUUAAAAGGGACGCCAAUGCAAUUGGCGCCGAUAUAAAAACACGGGCUGAACGCGUGCUGUCGCACCUGCGGGACAUGGAUAGCACGGCCUACAAGUUAGAAGAGGAACACGGCGCCAACUCCGCCAUUGCCCGCAUCGCGAGAACACAGUACGCCUCCCUGAGUAAUAGCUUCCGCGAUGCCAUGUUUGACUACAACGAAGCCGAGAUGAGCCAUCGCGACAACUGCAAAGCUCAGAUCCAGAGGCAGAUGACGAUCGUGGGCCGCGAUGUGACGGGCGAUGAGGUGGAGGAAAUGAUCGAGCAAGGUCAGUGGAACAUCUUCACCGACAACAUAAUGGCAGAAGGCAAGACGGCCCGCUCGGCGCUGUCUCAGAUAGAGUCGCGCCACCAGGAGCUGUUGGAUCUGGAGAACCGUAUCAAAGGGAUCCACGAGAUCUUCCUGGACGUCGCCUUGCUGGUGGAGGAGCAGGGCCCCAUGCUGGACUCCAUCCAGACCAACGUGCAGAAAACGGACGAGUACAUUCAGGACUCCCUUUUCAAACUGGGCAAAGCCAAGCGUCACGACAGGAAUAAUCCGUUUAAGAAGAUGUUUUGUAGUUGCUUCCCGUGCUUCGAUUAACAGGCAUUGGGAGGAGCGUGCAGACCUACUCUUGUUUCUCCAGGAAGUUAAAACCAUCAAAUUUUUGUCGCUGUGGUUCAAACCAGGAAACUAGAGAAAUACUGUACAACACAAUUAAAUGGGCUUAUUCACUUUAACAAUCCAAUUGUAAUUUACUAUGCUCACUAAAGUAAGGUUUCCUACUGUAUAUAUAUAUAUAUAUAUAUAUAUAUAUAUAUAUAUAUAUAUAUAUAUAUAUAUAUAUAUAUAUAUAUGUGUGUGUGUGUGUUGACCUCUUUAUUUAAAAGCACUGUAAAGCAAUGGAAUCAUUUGUAGAUCACACAAGCCUGAAGGAAAUUAUUUUAAUAUCCAUGAGACAUGAAAUGUGCUCUGUCUUUUUAUGAAUGAUGAAAGUAUUGCUGCUGUGUUCAACCCAAAUCCACUGUCAGAAGGAUUAUUUAAUGUGUCAUUGCUAUCCAUUGAUGUGUCUGUACUUUGUGCAUUGCCUAUUGAUUGAAUCUGUGUAUGUAAAUAUUGUAAGCUCAUGCUCAGCUGAUUCAAACUACUCAUAUAAAUCAUGUAAUAAAAUAUUUCGAAUGUCCU